CGGAAAAGUGGAUUCUCAGUGGAUGGGAAAUUUCGUUUCAAUCGUGUCGCUUUAUCUAGUAGCAUAAUUACUCAAUACACAUUAAAUUAAGCUACAUUUUUUGCUUGUUUUUAUCGGCCACGCAAAUCAAAGCGUGGAGCACAGUGGAGUUUGCUGAGUGGUGCGAUUGAAUAAUCAUCAUACGGUUCCGCAGGGCAGGAUGAGCGAAAAGCCAAAGGAAGCUGCACCCGGCGACGGAAUCCGCUCCAUGCGUUCGACAAACGUUUUCCGGGCCAUUAAUUUCGAACUGUACGCUAAACCUAAUGUCGUUGUGAUGGGAAUCGGUGUCGUGUGUCUCGGGAUCACGUUCGGUUACAUUGCCUACAUGCGAUCCAAGUACGAAGGUUUAGGAUACUACACGGCGGUGCAGGAAGACGGCAAGGAAGUGUUCGUGAAGCGGAAAUCAAAGUGGGAAUAAAGCAACACCAAAACACUGCCAAGGAUUA